CUUGGUGAUGCCAGUGGGGCAGGCCUGAGCCAGUCCUGCCGCUCCACACCCCGUGGAUAGGUCACCCUGCUACCGUGCUGCUCGUAGGCAAGAUGACGGUGACCUUGUCCCUUGUGCAUUUGGAUGUGGUGGAGCAAGGUGCCCACGGUGUGGAGCCGGUGUAAGGGCUCAGGACUGCUUUGGGCUCCCCAGGAACAGUAGUGUUACGCUGCAUGGUAACACUCCUGGUGGUGACGAGUGCAGAUUUGAGGCGGCAGUCCAGCACGGCUUAGGACGAGAGUGCUAUAGGGCCACCGUAGUUGAAAUUAAACAUUUGACAACGCUCAGCCCGGCUAUACUCGUCCUACAUUUCAACUUCGACCUUCACGAUGACUGAUGACGAGACCACCCUACGGAGAGUGCGAGCGGCAGCCAAGGCCAAGUUCACCCGUAAGGUCAAACUGUUCCACGAACGGCUGAAGCAAGGUGAUCCGCCAGACGUCUUGGAAUCUAUCUAUGAUGAAAUAGUGAACCAGGUCCAUGAACUAGAGGUGAGAGGUGAAGAUUUAAUUGCUCAUCUAGAAAAGUGUGAAGGAAAACAAUGUGAAAUUGAUGAGGCAAAUGUUUACUUGGUGGAGUGUGAUAACACUCGUUGUGAAGCCCUUCGCUUGUUAUCAGAUGUAAAGAAGAAGGUGAAUAGUAGUGAUCCGACUAGUGCAAAUACUGCCGGUCUUAAGGUAGAAGCUUUGAAGGCCCCUAAGUUCAAUGGUGAUAUUUGAAUGUAUCCAACUUUCAAAGACGACUUUGUUAAUGUAAUUGUGACAAAGUAUGGACAAGAUCCUUUUGUAUUAAGACAGUGUCUUGGUGAGGAACCACUCAAGGUAAUAACUGGUUAUGAGAAAGACUUUGAUGAAAUGAUGAGAAUAUUGGAUAAGGAGUAUGGAGACCCAAGGAAAUUUGUUGAUAUUGUGAUCAAUAAUCUGAAAUCCUUAGAAAGGUUGACUGAGAGAGAUGAUAGAGGUUUUGUCGAUAUGGUGACGGUUGUAGAGAGGUGUUACUUAGACCUACAGAAAGUUGGACUAAAAGAGGAGAUGAACUCUGUGAGUAUUGUCAGUAUGACUGAAAAGCUUCUCCUUAGGAUUCAAAAGCGGGAAUGGAUAUUAUUAGCAGAUAAGGCUACUGAUAAAUCGAAAUUGUUCCCUGAGCUUUUGAUUUUUUUACAGUGUGAAAAGAGUAAUAGGUUACUCUGAGUCUUCCGUCAGGAAUAACCAGGCAGGGAGUGCUUCUGCUUGCAAUGUAGUAAGAACAGAUAAAACAGAAGAGUCAAAAUUGUUUGAGAUAGUCAGAGGCAUGCAGGAGGAUCAGAAGAACACCAAUAGGAUGCUAGAAGAGAUGAAACAUUGGUUUGUUAACAACGCAUCACGUACCGACAAAGGAAGUAGCAGAUGUUGGGUUCAUGAAUUUGACGGACAUGAUAUUAAUGAAUGUGGCAAAUUUAGGUCACUGAACAGUGUUGAGAGAUUAGAAAUUAGCAAAACAAAGGGUGUUUGUUUUCGGUGCCUUAGUGAAAAACACCUGUCUCGUCAUUGUAAAUCGGAUGUGCGUUGUGAUAAGAGGGAUGAUGAAGGUAACGUUUGCGUCAUGCGGCAUCACCCUUUACUGCAUGGAUCAUUUGUUAGCAACAUUUCGGUUAGUUCUGGAAAUUGUACCGGAAAUAGGGCUAUGUUAGCUAUAAGUACUGUGUACAGUGCGGGACAACCCAUCACAGUGCUCUGGGAUUGUGGAUCCGAUAUCACCAUGGUAACACACAGUAUGGCCAAGAAGUUGGGUGUUAGAGGGGCUGAUGUCAUGAUGUCAAUAGUAAAGGUGGGGAAUGUGACCGAAAAGUGUGUGAGCAAGGAGUAUAGUUUGUGCAUACAAGACCAUUCUGGCAAAAAUUAUGACUUAAAGGCUGUAGGGAUGGACGCAAUAUCUGCUAAUGUUCCCACUGUGGAUGUGUCUAACGUUCCCCUCAUAUUCUCUGACAUCGAUGUCGGUGCCCUCGUCAGACCAAGUGGACAGAUUGAUAUGUUGGUUGGCUUAGAUUAUUGUGAAUUGUUGCCGCAAGUAGUCGAAACGAAGGGAAAAUUGCAGCUAUUGAGGAACAACUUUGGGUAUUGUCUAAGGGGAGGACAUCCAUUAAUAUCAACCAAAGUUAAUGAAGUAGGUCACUUAACAGCUGUUGUGAAUAAGGCUGUCGUGAACUUGGAACACAGCGUGGUAGUUGUUGAAAAGGGUGAGAAUCUUAAGGAAAGUCUCGACAAAUUCUUCAGCUUAGAUACUGUUGGAACAAAAUGUACACCUAAAUGUGUCAGACGUUUAUGUAAAGGAUGUCCUGCUAAUGGAAAGUAUACCAUGGAGGAAGAACGUGAACUCGACCUUACUCGUACUGCAAAAACUUACUUGCAAAAACAGGAAAGUUGCAGCAGCUUCAGCAAGGAGAGGCACAGGUAGGAGCAGGUGUACGGUGAUGACUGCCAUAGGGUAGCUGUGGGGGCCCCAAGGGUUGACAAAGGCACAGGCUUAAGGUACGGUCACACUAGCUACUGAUAUCGCUGAAUCCAGCGAUACGGCUGGAUCGGCCAGCCAUUUGCGCGGCACAGGCGAUUGAUACCGGCUGCUUUGAACUACUGUAUCGUUUUCACUGGCAUGUACUGCUAGCGAUACCGGUAGCUGAAUGGAAAGUAAUAAGAAACUAUCGUUUAUUCAGCAUACAUGCAAUAAAAAAAAUAUUCCAUUUUUUUUGGGGGGGAGGGACUUUAAAUGCGUAAUAAAUGAUCUAGACGAAAAUAAAAAAAUUUCCAAAUGUAUUUUCUCUUUAAUGGAAAAUGGAAUAUUCAGUUCUCAUUUAACCUCGAUGGUAUACUACCAAAACAAAACAUUGUAACACGAAGAAGAAGAAGGUCUCCGAAAACAUGUCGAGUCAAUUUCAUUGGUCCCAUGAUGCUAUUACAAGUCUCUUAGAAAAAGUUCGUGAUCAUGAGGUCCUAUGGAACAUCAGACAUCCCCACUAUCCCAAGAAGACGAUGAAAAGGAGGAUCUUUGAAGAGAUAAGGAACCAGCUGAUUCAGACUCACCCUGAAAUGGCUUCUCUGACUGCAGAUGAUCUGUUUGGGAAGCUUUCUUAUCUUCACGGCAACUUCCGAAGGGUAUUGCAUAAAGUUCGCAACACUCCCAGUGGCUCCGGUGGCAAGCCAGAACCAAAGUGGGAGUACUUCAAAGCUUGCUCAUUCCUGCUCCCCGUCUAUGACAACCACUCGUUUCAGUCAAGCUUGGAAUUGCCCCCACGAGAGGAUGUAGUGUACGAGGGUACACUGGAGGACUUAGUGCAGUUAGACUUCUCCCCAUUGUACUCACCCAGAUCCAUUGGCAUAUCUCAUCCAUCAUCUGCUGCAAGUACCUCAUUGUCCAUAGAUGCACCCUGUACUCCUCCAGAAAGUCAGACCCCAUCACCCCAGGGUCCUGUGGACACAGCAAAACUCCAGGCUGUCGUGUACUCACCAGAACCCCAGGAAGGCACACACACCCAGUCACCCCAUAAUGUUGUACACACACCAGCACCCCAGGAUAUCGUACACACCCCAGCACCCCAGGAUGUUUUGCAUACUGUAUCACACCCAUCUAAAGCUUUGGGAACUUCCACACCAGGUACUUCUGUGACACCACGAGGUAAAAAGAGAAAUUUGACAAACAGAGAUGAUACAUCAGAAAAAAUAGUGCAAACUGUAGAUAAAGUGAGAAAUGUUAUGGAUGCAUUUAUUCAGAAUAAACUAGAAAAGAAAUCUGGAAAACAUGACUUUGUAAUUUCAGGUGUGGAGUAAUUUUUGAAUUCAUUUCCCAUAUCUGAUAGUUUAAAAAGGGAAUUUGGCUCCAAGGUUGUUUUACUGCUACAUGAGUACAUGCAAAAAUAUUCUGAGACACAACAAGACUGAACAUAGUGUGAAUGAAUAUAACAUCCAAAUUAUAAGUUGUUUCCAGAAAAUCUUAUGAGCAUUUUACUGUGCCUUACAUGUUGAGUGGUAAUGAGGUUAGGAGGUAUAAAUUAACCACAUAUUUUUUUUUCUUAUUUCAAUCCUCUUCGCAAUCCACAAUUCAAUCCAUUCACGCGCUGUAUAUUUACAGAGGUACAUUAGUGCAACAGGGCAUGUCUCUCCUGGCCAGGUAUUUUACCAAUUGUUACAAAGUAAUUUUUAAGUGUUUCUCGUACUUUUUUUUUUUUUGCGCUUUCUUUAACCCCUUACUCCCUUUCCUUCCCUUUUAACUAAUUUUCUGUUUUGAUUUUGUUAUUUUGAUAGUGUUUUUUUCCUUUUCAGGUUGGACUUAAGCCAGAUGUCAUAGACAUAUAUAAAUAAGGUAAAUAUAAGGUAAGUAUUAA